CUCACGACGUCCCGCCAAGCCCUGCACCGCCUGCGCCUCCUCCUCCCUACCCUCUCCCGAACCCGCACCCUCACCCGCUCAAGCAUGUCGGCCCCGUACGCGCGCGAGCAAGCCAUCGCGCUCAGCACCGUCCUCAAGGCGUCGCUGCUCGCGCAGAAGAUCCAGGCCGAGCUCGUUGGGUCCGGUGGCGUCGAGAAGAAGGACAAGAGCCCCGUCACCGUCGGCGACUACACGGCGCAGGCGCUCGUCUCUGCGCUCCUCGCGGCCCACUUCCCCUCGGACGCCAUCAUCGGCGAGGAGGAUUCCGCCGACCUGCAGCGUCCCGAGCAGGCGACCGUCAAGGCCCAGAUCGUGCGCCUCGCGGGCGAGGCCAUGCGCGAGGAGCUCCCCCUCGCCGACGAGGAGCGCGCGUGGGCCGACGUCAAGCGCGUCGAGCGCGGCGACACCGAGUGGAUGGCAGCGAUUGACCGCGGCAACAGCGAGGGGGGCGCAAAGGGGCGGCACUGGGCGCUCGACCCGAUCGACGGCACCAAGGGCUUCCUGCGCGGCGGCCAGUACGCCGUGUGCCUCGGCCUGAUCGAGGACGGCGAGGUCGUGCUCGGCGUCAUGGGCUGCCCGAACCUGCCUGUCGACCCCAAGCAGCCCGAGGGCGACAAGGGCGCCCUCUUCGUCGCCGUCAAGGGCCAGGGCGCGUUCCAGCGCUCCUUCACCUCUCCGACCCUGACCCGCAUCACGAUGAACUCGCUCGCGUCGCUCUCGGCCGCGUCGUUCUGCGAGUCGGUCGAGGCGGGCCACAGCGACCACGGGACCAACGCGCGCAUCGCCGAGCUGCUCGGCAUCACGCGCGACAGCGUGCGCAUGGACAGCCAGGCAAAGUACUGCUCGAUCGCGAGGGGCGACGGCGACAUUUACUUGCGCCUGCCCGUUAGCGCGACGUACGAGGAGAAGGUCUGGGACCACUCGUCGGGCUCUCUGCUCGUCGCCGAGGCCGGCGGCAUCGUGUCGGACAUGCACGGCCUGCCGCUCGAUUUCUCGCUCGGCCGCACGCUCAAGGGCAACAAGGGCGUCAUUGCCGCACCGCGAGAGUGGCACAAGCAGGUGAUCGAGGCGGUUGCCAAGGCGGUCGGCGAGGAGGGCAAGUGACCGGGCGCGCGAGCGGGCGAGAGGAAGAGGGCGCGAGGGGAGGGGAGCGGAGGGCACGCGGGUUGUACAGACGCAAGGACCGGGGCGAGGUUGCAAAACGCCACAGCUGUACCAUGCU